CGGAUGCAGGGCCCGGGGGCGCUGUCCCUGCGCUCCGCCGUCGGCUCGGGCUGAAAAAGUUUCUCCAUGGUUCCUUUGUGUCGCCCGAGAGCCCGUUCGCCGGCCCCGACCUGCCUCGGUCUCCCUGGCAGGAGGAGGUGGCUGAGCAGCUAGUGGGCAGUUGGCGCCCUCCCUGAGCAAGCCUCCAUCCCAGAGGCUAGUCCUGUAAUCCACGAGUUCGCCAUGAUCGCCACCGGCGGCCUGCUGAGGAUUUCCGCCAGAAAGCAGGAUCCACUCCGCCCCCCAAGUCAGAUCCCCAAGCGCAAGCGGAAAGCCAAAAAGAGGCGCAAGAACGAUGUGGUGGUGGUGAAAGGCAAGCUGAAGCUGUGCUCCAUCUCGGGGCUCAUCGCCCUCUGUGGGAUCCUGGUGCUGCUGGUGGGCAUAGCCAUGGCGGUGGUGGGCUACUGGCCCAAGGCCACGGGGGCCAAUCGGGAGGGGGGUAAGCAGCUGCCGCCUGCGGGCAGCAGCCACCGCAUCCCGACCACCGCCAACAGCAGCGGCAGUGGCAGCAAAAACUGGUCCAGGAGCCACCCUAGGGCUCCAGGGGGUGUCAACUCCAGUUCCGCGGGCGCGCCCAGGAGCACGCCUCCUGCGCGAGUCGCCUCUCCUUCCUCCUCCUCCACGUCGGUGGGCUUCUUCUUCCGCAUCUUCUCUGGCUACCUGCACUCUGACAAGCUCAAGGUCUUCGGGCCCCUCAUCAUGGGCAUCGGCAUCUUCCUCUUCAUCUGCGCGAACGCGGUCCUCCACGAGAACCGGGACAAGAAGACCAAAAUCAUCAACUUGCGGGACCUCUACUCCACAGUCAUCGACGUGCACAGCCUCCGCGCCAAAGACCUGGCGGCCGCCGCGGGCUCGCCCCCCACCAGGCGGGACUCGGGGAGCUCCCAGUCGGAUGACCCAUCCAGCAGCAAUAAGGGCUACACACCCCUGCGGGAGGCCGGCACCUCCUCCGAGUCGGUCUUGGACGCAGUUGCCAGUCAAACGCGAGACUCUGUGGCCGCCCCUGUUGCGGGUGCGGAGCAGAGCUCCCCGGAGGGUGCCAGCCAGGAGCCACUUACGGCCGAGCAACCUCAGCCGGUGCAGAGGCAGUUUACAAACAAGGAGAAACUCUUCAUGAUUUCCAGGUCUCAUGCCAUAGGGGUAGAAGAAGGAGAACUGGAAAGCACAGGCAUUUAGAGAAAGGAGUGGGGUGGGGGGAGGAGAGAGAAAAUGGGAGAAACGCCCACUUGUAUCAGUGCAUUAACAGUUCCCUGUCUCUUUUGUGGACUGAUCCGAGGACAUCAUUCAAUAUCCAAAGAGCUGCAGAAUGUUAUCCUUGAAUUGCGUCCACAAGAUUCCUGUAGAUAACUCCAAGGAUUUUGUUUUUGUUUUUGUUUUUUUAAAGCAAACUAGUCUUUUUAUGUCCGAUGGUGAUUGUAUGUUCGAUGAAAACCAAAUGUAUUAAAAGGUCAGCAAUCUAGUCCAUUAGAUAAAAUUCUUUUAAUUUUCUUAGGAUCAAAACAAUAUAUUUUUGACAGUAAAUGUGCACUUUACUCCAAUUUUUUUUAAAUCCCUAAUUUCCCGACCCGUGUACUCUGUGCUGGUUUUGGCCAUAGCUGCUUGCGAAUGGCAGGCUUUUUUCUCCCUCCCUUUGCGGAACAUAGAAGAGUUUGUCUCAGUUCUCUUAGAAUUGAUGUUACUAACUGAAGUUAAAGCCAAAAGCAUGAAUAAUUCAGGAAAGAGCACUUUCCUUGCCCCACUCCACUCUGCUCACCCAAUGCCCAAAAGCUUCUUCAUUUUUUAAACAGGUGUGUACGUUUUGCUACUGGGGUAUGUGGUGGAGACUGGAGCGGGGCAGGAACUAGAUGGACUGUUACAUUCCGAAAUUUAUAUCAAGUACACUAUGCUUUAUUGAGUGUUAUCACACCUGUAUUGAAAAUAGCAUUAAUAUUUAAAAUCUUUUUUAAUAAAAGAGGUUUCCGAACA